CUCCUCUGUCAGGGAGCGACGGAGCCAGUUGGGCCGGGCCGUGCGAGCAGGGCUUGGAGUGGCCCCGUGAUUAGGGGAUGACUCCCGGGAGCUCGCCGUGGUGAGCUCGGACUUGUCGCCGCCGCCGCCCUGGAGGGGACGUGACCUCCGCCACAAUGUUUAGGAGGAUUUUGCAGAGGACUCCGGGCAGAGUUGGAUCUCAGAGUUCUGAUUCUGAUUCAUCUGCAGUCCCAGGAAAUGUGGUGGAUGUCAACAAUGAGAGCUCUUCAGAGGGCUUCAUCUGUCCAGUGUGCAUGAAAAAGUGUGUUACUGCCACUGAUCUGUCCGAACAUUACCAUGAGCACGUUGGGAUAGAAACAAGAAGACUGGAGCUUCAUGAACUGCCUACUGCCACUGGAUUUAUUUGUCCUCUUUGUAUGAAGUCUCAUGGAUCAGCUGAAGAACUUUUUAAGCACUAUGAAGCAGUUCAUGAAUCUGGUAUUGAUACAAGCCAAGGAAGAGAAACUAACAUGUCUCCAAACAGAGAUGAUGUAACCCUACUACGGCAAGAAGUUCAAGACCUGCAAGCUUCACUUAAGGAGGAGCGAUGGUACUCUGAAGAGCUGAAGAAAGAAUUAGAGAAAGUUCAAGGGCAGAGGCAGCAAGAGUCUAAACCUGAUGGACUGGAAACUGCUGCAUCUACAGAAUUAGAAUCAUUAGAACAGCAGCUAGAAGAGAGUCAUGUACAAAACUUUAAUAUUAAGCAGAUGAAAGACUUAUUUGAACAGAAAGCAGCACAGUUGGCCACUGAAAUUGUGGAUCUUAAAGCCAAAUAUGAUGAAGAAACAAGCCUUCGACAAGCUGCUGAACAGAAAGUGGCCAGUUUGACACAAGAGCUACAAAAAGAGAGAGGUGCAUGCGAAGAUUUGAAAACAGAGCUGCUUCAGAGGCCCGGGGUGGAAGACGUUGCUGUUUUAAAGAAGGAAUUAGUUCAAGUUCAAAUGCUGAUGGACAAGAUGACUUUGGAGCGUGAGAAAGAAUCUGAGAAACUGAAAGAUGAGUGUAAUCAUUUGCGAGCAGAAUGUUCAACCUCAGAGACUACCAUAAAUCAGUUAAGAGCUGAACUUGCCAAAGGACCACAGGAGGUUGCAGUAUAUGUACGGGACCUUCAGAAGCUUCAAACAUCAGUUAAUGAAUUAACACAGAAAAACCAGAGUCUGUCAGAAAAGUUGAAAAAAAGAGAGUUGGGUUAUACUCAGUUAGAAGAAAGUCUAAAUGAAGAAUUACUCGGCAAAAAAAAUCUGCAAGCAACCCUUAAUCAAAGGGACGUGGACUGUCAGCAACUUCAGGCAAGGCUGUCUGCAUCUGAGGACUCAUUACAGAGGUUACAGAAAGAAUUGGGUGAAAGGAGAGAAGCAAGUCAGAAACUUAAGGAGGAAUUGUCAGAAGCUGAGACCAAGUACCAACACCUCAAGGCUGAGUUCAAACAGCUACAACAACAAAGGGAGGAAAAAGAACAGCAUGGCCUACAACUUCAAAAUGAACUAAAUCAGUUGCACAAUAAACUUCUGGAGACAGAGCAUCAGCUUGGGGAAGCACAUGGCCGGCUAAAAGAGCAGAGACAACUGUCAAGUGAAAAGCUGAUGGACAAGGAACAGCAGGUGGCUGACCUUCAGCUAAAACUUUCACGGGCUGAGGAGCAGCUAAAGGAGAAAGCAGCAAAUGCAACUGAAUUGCAGCAUCAGUUAGAUAAAAUGAAACAGCAGCACCAGGAGCAACAGAAUCUUCAGCAAAGCACGACAGCAAAGCUGCGAGAAGCCCAGAAUGAUUUGGAGCAAGUGCUACGUCAGAUUGGGGAUAAGGAUCAAAAAAUCCAAAAUCUUGAAGCCCUGUUGCAAAAGAGUAAGGAGAAUAUUACCUUGUUGGAAAAGGAAAGGGAGGAUUUGUAUGCCAAAAUUCAAGCUGGUGAAGGAGAAACUGCUGUUCUUAACCAGCUACAAGAAAAGAACCACACUUUGCAAGAACAGGUUACUCAGCUGAUGGAAAAACUGAAAAACCAGUCAGAAAGUCAUAAACAGGCCCUGGAGAAUUUGCAUGAGCAGGUGCAGGAGCAGAAGGCUCACCUAAGAGCCUCUCAAGACGGCGUUCUCUCCUUAGAGGCAACUAUAAGUGAACUAAAUACGCAGCUAAGUGAAAGCAAAGAAAAAGUAAUACAACUUGAUUUGCAGGUAAAAGCAAAAACUGAAUUGCUUCUAUCAGCAGAAGCAGCAAAAGCUGCUCAAAGAGCAGAUCUCCAGAAUCACUUGGACACUGCCCAGAAUGCAUUACAAGAUAAACAGCAGGAGCUAAAUAAGGUCAGUACACAGUUGGAUCAGGUUACUGCUAAGCUGCAUGACAAACAAGAAUUCUGUACUCAGCUGGAAGCCAAUCUUAAAGAGUACAAAGAAAAGCAUCUUCAUUUAGAGCAGAAAAAUGAAGAACUGGAAGGUCAGCAUAAGAAACUUGAAUCUGACAUUCUUGAAGUCAUGGGAAGCAAGGAAAAGGCACUUCAGGAGCUACAGGAGCAAAGGCAACAAUGCACAGAUUUAAGUCUGAAGGCUGCAGAACUGACCAAACAACUAGACAGAGAAAGAGAAAUAAUAUCUAGUACCAAAUUAGAUCUACAAAAGAAAUGUGAUAGCCUGGAAGAAGCGAACAAGCAGAUAUUGAAGCAAGAAGAAGAAAAUGGAAGACUGAAAUUGGAUAUUGAGAAAUUACAUCAAGAUUCAGACAGACAUCACAAGGAACUGGAUGGGAGGCUGCAAGCAGUGACAGAGGAUUUGCAGAAGAUGAAGUUGGAAAAAGAUACUCUAUUAAAGGAACUUGAAGUCAUCAAAGACAAACUGUCAAAAAGCACUGAAUCUUUGAAAGAAGCAAAAGAUGAUUUGGAAAAAGAGAAACAGAAAGGAAAGGCAGCAGUGGCAGAAAUAGAGAAAUCUUGUCAAGAAGCUAGACAUGAACUCCAGCUUCAGUCGGAAUCUAUAGCUAAAGAGCAGAAUGAACUGAAAAACUCACUGGAAAAGCAAGAAGGGAUCUCCAAGCAGCUGGCAACAGAGCUUGAUUCAGCACGUGCGCAAGUCCUGCAGAUUCAAAGUGUCCUGAAAGAAAAAGAAAAGAAUGAACAGCAGUUGCAGUUGAAGGUGAAAGAACUGAAGGAAUCUUUUGACCAGAAGAAAAAGCAAAAUGAAACACAGCAAGCUGAAUUGAAAUCAGCUCUCUUAGAAAAGGCAGAACUGGAGAAUAAACUGCAGCAGCAGAUAACAUUGUCAGCACAAGAGCUUACGGCAGAGAGAGAAAAGAUAACAGAGCUACAGAAGACCCAUAAAAAGACCCAAGAGAACAUGGAAAAACUUCAGUUGGAUUUUUAUGGCAAAGAAUCUGAGCUCUUGGCUACACGACAAGAUCUUCAGUCCACAGAGGAGAAGCUUGCUUUGGCCCAAGAAGAAUUGGUUUCAAACAGAAAUCAAAUUAGUAAUCACAAUCAGUUGAUCAAAGAACUUAAGACUGUAAGAUCUACAUUAGAGCAAGAUGUGUCUAAUAAAGAACAACAAUUGAAAGAGCAGAAUAAACUGUUACAGGAAAUACAGAAAGACAAGGCUGGAAAAGAAACGGAUCUGGCUAAUGAAAGAUCUAAAACAACUGAGCUUCAGAACAUAAGCACCAAACUGGAAAAAGAGAAUUCCAAACUAAGAGAAGAAGCCAGAACCUGCAAACAGGAAUUGGAAAAAGAGAUAACAAAUUUAAAGGAUGCCAAACAACUACUGAUCAAGCAGAAACUGGAAUUACAGGGAAAAGUUGAUAACAUUCAUUCAGCUCUUGAGCAGGAGAAAAAGAACCAAGAAGUUAUCAAAGAUCAGUUGAAAAAUAGAGAAGAAGAAAUGAAGAAGAAAUGUGCUGAGAUUGAGGCAAAACUGCAAGCUGAGAAAAAGGAAAAAGAUGAGCAAUAUAAAAGUCAUGAGGAGGCUGAGGGUAAACUCAGCAUGCAGAUCACAGCUUUAAAUGAAAAUCUGGGUACGGUGAAGAAAGAGUGGCAAAGCAGCCAAAGAAGAGUUAGUGAAUUAGAAAAACAAACAGAUGAUUUACGUGGAGAGAUCGCAGUACUGGAAGCCACAGUGCAAAAUAACCAAGAUGAGAGGAGAGUGCUGUUGGAAAGGUGCCUUAAAAGUGAAGGAGAAAUUGAAAAACUUCAGAGCAAAUUGAUGGAUGCACGAAGAAAACUGGAUGACACUACUGCUGCCAUGCAAGAGCUAGGCAGAGAGAACCAGUCGCUGCAGAUCAAACAUUCACAAGCCCUGAAUCGGAAAUGGGCUGAAGAUAAUGAGGUUCAGAAUUGCAUGGCCUGUGGGAAAGGUUUUUCUGUAACAGUAAGAAAGCAUCACUGCAGACAGUGUGGAAAUAUCUUCUGUGCCGAGUGCUCAGCUAAGAAUGCCUUAACUCCUUCUUCUAAGAAACCUGUUCGUGUCUGUGAUACAUGUUUCAACGACUUGCAAGGAUAAUUACUCACAGCUCUUAAAUGUUAUGCUAGAAUAAAGUUUCUGUUAUGCACUUCGUACAACACUCAGACUACUCUUUGGUUUGGGUGAUGAUUGUAACAAUGGGCAAAAUUAUAGUAUUGUUGAAAAUAUACAUAUAAAAAAGUCAAACAAUUGUACUUCUUGUGAGGCUGAAAUUAUCUAUGGCUUGUUUGGUUUUGAUCCUACAAGAGCUUCUGUGUCUAGUUUUUAAGUCCCCAGUAACUUGUAAAUAAAGUUUAAACAGAGGAGUAACAAUGUAUUUUUUUAAUCCUAAUUUUCUUGUUUAACACAUUUUAAAGUAAACACAUUUGCAGGGAUUUUGUGUAUCAAAUGCUGCUGCUCUAAUGGGAUGGUUACAAAUUAAUAGCUGCAUUGAAGUGUGAACGAUACGUAGCAGGCCCAAACAAGCAGCUUUUUUUGCUUAUUUCUUUUAUUUUCUCAUUCUCUGGGGAUUCCACUUACAGUGAAUGCUUAGAUAGUGGGAAACUGUCUUGACGUUUUAAACUUUUCAGGAUGUUUCACUACAGUGUCACUAUAUACUUCACUGAAAAUGAAAAGCAAGUGUCGAGCGUAUAGUGUAUGCUUGACAUCUCUAAGAAUACUGUUCAUCAUAUCAAAGGUACUUAAGUGGACUACAUCAUCCUUAAUAUGCAAGGUCUUACUCUGAACCUUUUUGAGGUUGGGACAUGUUUUUGCUGCAUACCCUUUCAGAGGUCUUCUGCUGUAUUAUUAUUAUUAUUAUUAUUAUUAUUAUUAUUAUUAUUAUUAUAUCUUCAUUGUUGUUCAGUUCCCAUGACAGGAAACAUUGCAUGGAAGUUCCCAGGGAAAAAUACCGUGAAGUGUGGGAAUUAAAAAAAUACAACAUUAGGAAAGAAAGUAGUCACCUUGGAAUUCCACCUUUCUCAGUGUGAAUUUUUGUCUCCAGUUUCUUAGUUCUUGCUAGAGAUUUGCCAUACCUCCCUGCCAAACGGAAGUGAAGCUCCAGGUUCUGCUAAUGGGAUAGCUUUAAAGUAACUGAGAUUCCACUACCAAGAGCCUUUCUCUUGCUUUAAUGAGGUACAUCUCAGUCGUAGGUUUUAUAGUACAAUGGUGUCAUGUUUUGUCCAAAUGAAAAGGUACUGAAAUUGCUCUUUUAAAAUUAAAAGAUUGGAUUUAGGCAGGAAAUGUCAUCUUUCAGUCCCAACACAGAAAUUCUUUUUUCCCCUUCUCUUUUGAUUUGAGAGGUGAGGAUAAUAUACAUACUUCUAUGCACAUUGUAAUUACACAAAAUAAUGUACUUUGUAAAAUUUAGAGUGACUAAAACACAGCAUGACAUUUAAAAUUAACACCUUUUGGAUAUGUGGUCUAUUUAAAAUGCUAUGAAGGAAGUGAUGCCAGCAAGGAAGAAUGUUGUAGACUGAAAAAUUGAAGUACAGCGCUAGGAAGAAAUAGAGAAACAAACAGCUUAACACAGAUAUAUUUGUAGAGGGGUCAUGGCUAGCAUGACCUUUGUACUCAGAAGGUCCUAAGUUCAAUCCCUCAUGCCUCCAGAUAAAAAAAAUGUUUCAUACAUUCCUGGUCCAGCAAAUACCAUUUUUUUGCCUGGAACUUUUGAGAGGCUGCUGACAAUGGGAGCAGACGACAUUUGAUCCAAUGGCCUGAUUUAGUAUAAAGCUGUUCGAAAAUGUCCAGAUGAACAAGUACAAAUAGGCUGUAUGAAACCUUAAAACCUCUUGAGUUGGAUAUGCAUGCUCCAUAUGCCAAGUUUACAUCUAAUCAUUCAGCGGCUACAUGUGUAGACAUUUCCCCCAUUUACUUGGUGUGGGUUUUUUUUAGGACUAAACGGUAAAGUAAUAUCUGGAGCAUCUAUAAGGUAAUUGGGAAUUAUUAGGGCUUUUACUUGAUUAAAUAACUCUUAGUUGAUUAACCACACCAGUUUUAUUCAAUUAAGCAUGCUUAUGAAUAAAUUCUAGUUUUGAAGGAAAAUAGUAUUUUGGUUUUAGAUGAUGCUCGCAUGGGUUGCAGCAGGCACCAUCUUAGAAAAGCCGUCCUUUGUUCUGUGCAACAGAAGGGGGAGAUGCCUUUGCCAUUCACAAUUUUUGUAAGUACUUGCAUUCAAAAGAAUAUCUGAAAACCAUCUGCUCCCUCAUUCAAACGGAUGAAUAUAUAUUGAAGUGCUUUGAUUUGUUAAUUGACAACACAUCACAGCUCUAGAAGUUGCACACGUAUAUAUGGAGAGAAAAAGCAUAAGGUUGGAUCCGUAGUUCAGAAAUUUGAGCUACUUCAGUGGAAACUCCCCCUAAGAACCUCAGGAAGGGGAAGAUAAUAGCAUUGUCACUUGCACUAUGCACUUUCUUUCUCGUGUAACCAACAUAAUAUGCAAGAAAUGAAACAGCUAUUUUGCAAGAAUUGACGUAGUAAUUGGUCCACAAGGCUAUGUAUUCUUAGACGAGUGUUCACUGAAAUUCCUAGAAACUUCAUUUUUGUUCGGAAUAUUGCAUCCUUAAUUCCUAAGUGCUCCAGAGGACACGUGUAUAUAUAGCAAAGGAAUUUACAUGGUUUUAACAAGCAUUGUUUGACUUAAGAAUCGAAAAAUGUGGACAUAGCAGUUUUGCACAUUUGUGUUAUUAGUUGACUGGUUUCCAUAGUUCAUGUAUGAGCUUUUGUUUUCUUAGUAUUGAGUUUCUCUAGAAUUUACAUGGAUGGUCUGUUUUCCAGGCCAUAGCAAUAAGUACAUACAAAAAUCCCUAUACCUAAGAGCAGACAUGUUUGUGUUCACAUUCUGUUUUCAACUGCUAAAUAUCUUAAAACCAGUAUACUACUUAAGAGUAGUAUGCAUUUAUAAAAUAGUUACAAUUUUACAAUGCUGCAAUUUGUUAGCAUUGACUGUUCUGUCUUGGUUAAUGGAGUGAUGCAAUAUUCUAUGCAGUCAUUGUACAGCAGGCAAAUAGAACAUAGUAGAACAUAUCUGAUGGUAGGAAACUAAUCUGUUUUCUCUUGUGUGCCAAUUAAAGAUCCACUAAGUUCAGUGAAGACUUCUUUUUUAGUCAUCGUUCCCUCCUUACACCCCAAUAUGGAAAAGUUUUACUACUGGCUUUGAGUUUUAAAGUAUCUAAACACAUUGUUCAUUGUUGAUAUAUAAACAGACUGGUGUGGCAGAUCCAGAUUUCCUAGUGUUGAUGCUCAUACAAUGUACAUUCUACCAUGUGGUUAAAUCCCAACUCUCGUCGCCAAAGGGAUAAGAAAGAACGUCACAUUGGGUUAGCAAACACUGAAACCUUUUAUAAUAGAAAUCUGUCCAAAAUGCUGCUUGUAUAGGAUUUGUCACUUUUGUAAUAAAAUUAUUAUUUAAAAAAACCUUUAAAAUAAACACACAACCCCCCCUUUCAUUCUGACACUUGAUGCCACUAUGUAAGAUUUCAUUUAAACUACCUCUUGAUAUGAAAUUAAACUUUCGUGCAUUUUGAUAGGAUUCCUUCCCUAUAAUGUUAGGUAUGAUUUGUGGUAACUGCCAAAUUUUCAAAGUGUUUUGUCUCACCAAAAAUGUAAUAUUUGGAUAUGUAUGCUAAUGUAGUUUCCAAUUAUUCUAGGCUCACUUGUGCUCUUUUGACCAAUGUAGUUUAGUUCUACAAGCUUGUAGCUGUUGGACAGGAAUGAAACCAUCAAUUCAAGCUGUCCUGGUCAUAAAUCUGCUGGACUUUAUCACCUGUAUUUAAUAUUGGCAAACUGGAUUGAACAUGAACAUGCCAUUAAAUUAGCCUCUUGUUUGCAACCGUCUAGACAAGAAGUUGAUAAAUGCUAUUAAGCUUAUAAUGGAUAUGUGCCACAAAAUGUACUGUCCUGUUGGCCUCUUUUUAAUGACUGGUUUAUUAUGGUCGCAGAUGUGAAUAUUGUGCAUAAUAUUUACUGAUUUUUAUGUAUAAUUGUAUAAAUUAGAAUUGGAAAAUUUCUGUGCUUACCUUAUAUUUACAGAUGUUUUAAGGUAGCCUUACCUACACAACACUGCACUUCUUUUUCAACUGGACCCUUAAACUCACAUUAUCUGUAGAUAGUCUUGCAUGACCAUUUUUAUCAGUUGGAUUCUCUCAAGUCCUCCUCUCAGUGGUGUGUUUAUGACUUGUGGUCAUGUAGUUGUGCCUUACAUUGUGAAAGAGUUUAGUUCAGUACGCACUGUAAUCCCUAAACUCUGCAUUUGGAAAGUAAUGAAAGCUGAGGAGUGACACCGUACAUCAGCUAAUUCUGUAUGAAAUAACAUGAGUGGAUACUUGUGGAAAUGUUACUUUUGUAUUCUAAUCUGUUAUUGGGCUGAAAUAAAAUUAGACAUUUCUAA